AUGAGGUGGAGAUCUGUGUUGUGGAGUUUCCUGGCUUUAUCAGUCACCAGUCUCCCUGAGGCCCAAUCCAGGCUGGUUCGCAACCAUGUCAGCAGCAUCUGCAGCACAUGGGGCAGAGAGCACUUCAAGACCUUUGACGGUGAUGUGUACCAGUUUCCCGGAAUGUGUGAGUACAACCUGGUCUCCGACUGCCACGAGUCCCAUCAGGGCUUCUCGGUGCACAUAAAGAGGAAAGAAAAGGACGGAGGCCCAACCAUCAGUUACUUGGCGGUCACCAUCAAUGAACAUCUGUUUCACCUCAGCAAGAGCAAGAUCACUGUCAACUAUGAGGAAGUCGCUCUACCUUAUCACAAGGGAGGGGUGCAAGUGGAAAACAAUGCUGUUUACAUCAAGCUUCAGUCCAAAGUGGGAUUCACGAUCAUGUGGAACAGAGAUGAUGCAGUAAUGGUGGAAAUCGAUAAUGACUUUGCAAACCAGACUUGUGGCCUUUGUGGAGACUUCAAUGGUGUUCCAGUCUACAAUGAGUUCAUUCAUAAUGGUCGCAAAAUCAGCCCCAUCGAGUUUGGCAACAAGCACAAAACCCAUCGCCCAAACGAUGACUGUGAGGACCCCUAUGAAGAGGAAGAGGAAUUGCUGGAGACUGCGACUGUCUCAGAUUCCUGCAAGAAAUUUCAAACCACCUGUGAACAAACGUUUCUGUCAAAGUCCUGGAGCUCAUGCACUCAACUGAUUAAACCUGAAGCUUACAUCCAGGCAUGUGUGAAGGACAUGUGUGGCUGUACCAAUGACAGUACCAAUGACUUCUGUGUCUGCAGCACACUGUCUGAGUUUUCUCGACAGUGCUCCCAUGCAGGAGGACAGCCCCCCAACUGGAGGACCCCUCAGUUCUGUGCCAAACAGUGUCCUUACAACAUGGUAUUUGAGGAAAGCGGUUCCCCUUGCAUGGAUACUUGCACACAUCAGGACACAAGCUCACUCUGUGAGGACCACAAAAUGGACGGCUGCUUCUGUCCUUCUGGAACUGUGUUUGAUGAUCUUUCUGAGAGAGGCUGCAUUCCUCAGUCUGAAUGUCAGUGCAAGCACGACAAAAUCUACAACCCUGGAGAGGUUUUCCGACAACAUCGGGAGGAAUGCACAUGCUUUGAGGGCAUAUGGGAUUGUAUCAGUCUUGAAACACCUGCUACCUGCGCAAUUGAAGAAGGUUCACAUUUCACUACUUUUGAUGGGAAAACCUUCACCUUUCAUGGAGAAUGUUACUACACUCUGGCAAAGGACAAAGCAAGCCCAAAAUUUACCCUCCUGGCCCAGUUGGUGCCCUGUGCUCACCAAGAGUAUGACACAUGCCUGAAGGCCCUUAAAAUCCUGCUAAACAAUGACAAAAACAAUGUACUAACGUUCACCUCCGAUGGUGCAGUCAAGCAGAACAUGCAGACUGUCACUUUACCAUUCAACUCCGGAGACAUCAGCAUUUUCCACGCCUCAUCCUUUCACAUCAUGCUGCAGACCCGAUUUGGGUUGCAGAUUCAAAUUCAGCAUGUCCCUCUCAUGCAAGUCUACAUCAGCCUGGAGCAAAGCUACCGAUCAAAGACACGUGGUUUAUGUGGGAACUUCAACAUGAUCCUGAAUGAUGACAUGAAGACCCCUCAAGGGAUCGUGGAGGGAACUGCAGCAAUGUUCAGUAACUCUUGGAAGGCCAACCUCAUGUGCUCAGACAGAGAGGAAAGACUUGAUGACCCAUGUUCCCUCAAUUUGGAAAAUGAGUUGUACGCCAAACAUUGGUGCUCCUUACUUCUGAGCCCAGACAGCGCAUUCGGCAAGUGCAGAUCAGCGGUGGAUCCUGAGGUGUUUUACAAGCGAUGCAUCUACUCCACCUGUAGUUGUGAGAAGAGCGAGGCCUGUUUGUGUGCUGUCUUCUCCUCUUAUGCCCGAACUUGUGCAGAAAAGGGAGUCUUCCUGACAAACUGGAGGGAGGGUGUGUGUGAGACGUACACAAAGAGCUGCCCUGCAUCUCAGACCUUCUCUUACACACAUCAAAGAUGCCAGCUGACGUGCAGAUCUUUGGGCUCUGAGCUGCAGAGCUGCACCUCGGACUUCUUGCCCGUCGACGGCUGCUCUUGUGCUGAGGGUCUCUAUUUGAAUGAAAAUGGCCUUUGUGUCCCGAAGAAGAAAUGUUCCUGCUACCAUAACGGCAUUUUCGUCAAGCCAGGAAAGUCCAUCAACAUCCGAGAUGAGCACUGGAUUAUACGGAGUGCGAGUCUGGCUGUCGGUGUCCUGAUGGCCUCCUCGAAGACGAAUAAAUGUGGCAACAAAACUGUCGAGAACAACUUUGGAGUUAUCACAGAAAAUGUACCGUGUGGCUCUACGGGCACCACCUGCUCCAAAACUGUCAGAAUUCAACUCGGGCGAACAGAAAUCAAACUAAUGAAGGGCAAAUAUGAAGAGGAAGACCUGGGACAGGGUCCCCUGAUUCAGUAUAGAGUAAGGAGAGUCGGCUUGUACCUGGUGGUAGAAUCUAAUAUCGGCCUGGCAGUGAUGUGGGAUCGCAAAACAACUGUUCGGAUUCUACUGGAGCCACAGCAUAGUGGUGAAGUGUGUGGCCUGUGUGGAAAUUUUGAUGGAGAUGGACUGAACGACUUCACCACCCAGGGUCAGCUGGUGGUGAGCAACGCGUUAGAGUUUGCAAACAGCUGGAAAGUCUCCAGCACAUGCCCAGAUGUGGAAGAAAAUGUGGAUUCAUGUGCAGCUGCACCCACGAGGCAUCACUGGGCAAAAAUGAUGUGCAGCAUUGUAACAGGAACGACAUUCAAAGACUGCCACCACAAGGUUGAUCCCCUUCCCUUCUAUGAAAAUUGUGUGAAAGACUCAUGUGCCUGUGACACUGGAGGAGACUGUGAGUGUUUCUGCUCAGCUGUAGCAGCCUACGCUCAGGCUUGUAAUGAGGCUGGUGUUUGUGUUGCAUGGAGAACCCCAGACAUCUGUCGGUGUUAUCCUGUAUGCCCAGAAGACAAACCCAUUUUUGAUGAGAAGAAUCAAACAUGCGUGGAAGAAUGUCCCUAUUGCUUGUACAAUGGGACUAUAUAUGAAGAUAAUGAUGUGGUUUACAAUGUCACAGAUGACAUGGGAAUGUGCUAUUAUGCAAUCUGCAUUAAUUCAACAGUGAUACACACAAGUGAACCCUGUACAAUGAGCACCACACCAACUUCCUCAACUGGACCAACGACCCCCAAAGCUACACCUUCUGCGACAACACCCCCUACAACAACCCCAGAACCAACCACCACCAAACAAGCUACACUUCCAUCAACCCUAACCCCUACAGUAACACCAGAACCAUCCACCUCCACAAAAGCCACACCUACGCCUACACAACCACCUACACCUCCCCCAACAACAACCCAAGAGACAACCACAACCACAAAGGCUACUCCUACACAAUCAUCUACACCAUCUCUAGAUAUAACCACAACCAAAAAAGUUACCCAUCCACCUACACCUCCCCCAACAACCCCAGAGCCACCCACAACCACAAAACCUACACCUACACAACCACCUACAACAUCUCCAGAAGCCAAGCACAACCACAAAGGCUACACCUACACAACCACCUACACCACCUCUAGAUAUUAUAACAACAACCAAAAAAGUUACCCAUCCACCUACACCUCCCCCAACAACCCCAGAGCCACCCACAACCACAAAACCUACACCUACACAACCAACAACAACCCCAGAGCCAUCCACCGCCACAGAAACUACUCCUCCAAUUACCGCACCUCUUAUAACUUCAGUCACAACCCCAUGCAUACCAACUUCAUCAACCACAAAAUCUUUUCCACCCACACCUCCUCCAACAACAACCCCAGAGCCAACCACAAAGGCUACAUCUACACAACCACCUACCCCACCUCCAGAGAGUCACCCACAACUGAAAAAGGUUACCCAUCCAACCCACCUCCUCCAACAACAACCCCAGAGCCAACCACAAAGGCUACAUCUACACAACCACCUACCCCACCUCCAGAGUCACCCACAACUGAAAAAGUUACCCAUUCACCCACACCUCCUCCAAUAACAACAACAACAACCCCAGAGCCAAGCACAACCACAAAGGCUACACCUACAAAACCACCUACCCCACCUCCAGAGCCAACCACAACUGAAAAAGUUACCCAUCCACCCACACCUCCUCCAACAACAACCCCAGAGUCAACCACUACCACAAAAGCUACACCUACACAACCACCUACCCCACCUCCAGAGUCACCCACAACUGAAAAAGUGACCCAUUCACCUACACCUCCCCCAACAACAACCCCAGAGCCAAGCACAACCACAAAGGCUACACCUACACAACCACCUACCCCACCUCCAGAGCCAACCACAACUGAAAAAGUUACCCAUCCACCCACACCUCCUCCAACAACAACAACCCCAGAGCCAACCACUACCACAAAGGCUCCACCUACACAACCACCUACACCACCUUCAGAAUCACCCACAACCACAAAAGUGACCCAUCCACCUACACCUUCCCCAACAACAACCCUAGAGCCAACCACAACAAUAAAACCUGCAUUCACUGGCCCUCCAUUAUCAACCGAGUCCUUCUCCACUGAAGAACAAGAAAAACAUACAACCGAAUUGUCUGGAACUACACCAUCAACAAAAACUACACAAAGUACCACAACAGAGUGCUUUUGUAUUUUUAAUGGCACAAUUUAUCAGCCAGGGGAGGUAAUAUUUCUUAUGCACCACAUUGGAUCAGGCAUUUGUCUCACUAUGAUUUGUUCUGAUGUUUGUGAGAUCCAUAACAACACUGAAAUGUGUGGGAGCACUUUAGCACCAACACCCACACCUUCUCCCACACCCUACAGACCUACUUGUGAGGAGUGGGGUGUUGAACAAAAUGAGACCUUUGUCUUGUGCAACUGCACCAUGGCAAUAUGCAUUGAGAACAACACAAUUGAAAUAAUUCCAUAUGAGUGUCCACCAAUCCAGAACAUAACUUGUGCCAAUGGAAAGAAACCAGUUCUUUCUUAUGAUGAGUACGGAUGCUGCCAACAAUAUGUUUGUGACUGUGUAUGUGAAGGCUGGGGAGAUCCUCAUUACAUCACAUUCGAUGGGUUAUACUAUAGUUAUCAAGGAAACUGCACUUAUAUUUUGAUGGAGGAGGUUACAGCAAAAUAUCAUCUAAAGAUAUAUGUUGACAAUGUAUUUUGUGAUCCCACUGAAGAUGUUUCUUGUCCAAGAUCAUUAACUAUAGCAUAUGGAUUUCAAGUUAUCACACUUAUCAAUCAUAACCUCAUUGGAGCUCCAAAAUUAGAGGCAUUACAAAAUGGUGAAAGACUGAAACUACCCUAUUCACAACAAAGCAUUAAGGUCAUGAGUUCAGGGAUUAACUUGAUUUAUGAGAUCCCUCGGCUGAAUGUGGUCAUUACAUUUGGAAUGACUGGUUUUGCUGUCAACCUUCCAUAUAAGUACUUUGGCAACAACACACAGGGUCACUGUGGGACAUGCACCAACAAUCAGGCCGAUGACUGCAGGCUGCCAACAGGCGAACUGGUGGGAAAUUGUGCUGUGAUGGCAGACUAUUGGCCAGCGAAUGAUAUUUAUCAACCUAAUUGCCCAACGCCACCUGUAGUACCCACUAAUGUCCCAGAGCCACCUCUAGAACCAACUCCAUGCACUCCAGAUUCUAGUUGUGAUCUGCUUAAGAGCAGUGUUUUUGCAGAAUGUCAUCCAUUGGUUUCCCCAGAGAAUUUCUACAAAGGUUGCGUUUUUGAUAGCUGCCACCUGUCGAACCCUAUUGUGGAGUGCACAAGUUUGCAGGCAUAUGCUGCUGCCUGUGCUCAGGCUGGAAUUUGCAUCCACUGGAGAAACCACACCAAAGUUUGUGCUAGUGAUUGCCCACCUGACAAAGUCUAUAAGCCUUGUGGUCCUGCAGAACAGGCAACUUGUGAAGACAAUCCUAACGAACAAAUCACAAAGUUUGUUACUGAGGGAUGCUUCUGCCCUGACGGAAUGAAGCUUUUCAACAAAGAAUCGGGAAUAUGUGUUGAAAAGUGUGGAUGUCUUGAUCCUGAGGGCAUUCCUCGUGAGUUUAAUGAGAGAUUUGAGUACAAAUGUCAGGACUGCAUAUGUGACGAGCCUACCAAAACUGUGAUUUGCAAACCUAAGACAUGCCCUGCACCACCCACUGCUAACUGUACUGCUCCAGGGUUCAUUGUUGUGAACCAAACAAGCUCUGUGGAUCCCUGCUGCUUUGUCUACGUUUGUAAAUGCCAAAUCAACACCUGCCCAGUAAACAGCAUGAACUGUCCAGUUGGGUACAAGCCAGUCGUCAGCGUUCCAGAGGGAAAAUGCUGUCCAGAACAUACAUGUGAGCCUAAACGAGUUUGUGUCCACAAGGAUGUUGAAUACCAGCCCAAUUCCAAAGUUCCUGCAAAUGAAUGCCAGGACUGUACCUGCACCAACGAGGUCGACACGAAUUCCGGUCUAUUUAAAAUAGUGUGUGAGUUUCAGCAAUGUAAAGAAACCUGUGACCUGGGAUAUGAAUACGUGGAAACUAACUCCUAUGACUGCUGUGGAAAGUGUGUCCAGAAACAAUGUGUCCUGAAUUUGAAUGGAACCAAGCAGCUCUUGAAUGAAGGUGAAACGUGGUCACCCGCUGGAAACAUGUGUGAGCACUACACCUGCAUGAGGAGUGGGGACGCACUAACAGCCCUAAGUUCACACAUCGUUUGCCCACCUUUCCAACAAAGCAACUGCCAUCCUGACACAAUUCAAACCGCAGCAGAUGGCUGUUGUAAAAUCUGUGUGGAGAAAGACAAAGCCUGCAAGCUGGUGAGCAUGAAAACUCGAGUUACGCGCUAUGGCUGCCAAUCUGAACGCGAGGUGGAAAUGCCAUACUGUGAAGGAUCUUGCAACACAUUCACCAAGUACUCUGAAGCUUCAGCUGCUAUGGAGCAUUCCUGCUCCUGCUGUAAGGAAACACGCUCCAGCAAUCGCACCGUUGACUUGCUGUGCUUGAAUGGAGACAAGGUCUCCCACACCUACAUGUAUGUGGAGGAGUGUGGCUGUGGCAACACAGAGUGCACCCCAACAGCAGCUCUGCGUGCUCGCAGAAAGCGAAGCUUGACCCUGCUGUGACGCAGUCUGUUGUAACAUCACUGAAGGAUAGAAGUGUUUCAACUUGUAGCAGUCUGGCUACAAUAUUAGAAAGUAAUUUGCCACUGAAGUGGCGUAUUUAUCAUUGAAUCAAAUAAAAAGAUGCAACUCAG